UAGAGUGAGAAACAAACAAAAAUUGUUUACAUGUAUAAAUACAGAUAUGGUGAAGAAGAGAGAGAGAGAGACAACAGAAGAGAUAGAUCUUGAGCUAACUAAAUCCAUGGCGGCGACGAUAGCUGCAUUUUCCGGUGGUCUGAAAAUGAAGGCUGGAGUUCUUGCCGUCCAAAUCUCAUCGCUUCCUCUCCGCCGUCCAAAUCUCAUCGCUUCCUUUUCAUCGAAGAAAGUAGCGGCAAUCUCCUCAUCUGUUCGAGUCUCCGGCGUUUAUCACCAGCGUAGUCAAAGCUCUUGGUCUCGACUUGCUACUUUCUGCACGGUAGCUCCCGACGCCGGCACGACGGUUUCAUCGGAUGAAUCGGAGAAGAAGAGCGAGUCUCAGAAGGAGGAGGAGAGUGUGAAAGAGACGGCGAAUCUGUUAGAUAUCAAAGUAGGACGAAUUGUGAAAGCUUGGCAACACGAGGAAGCGGAUUCUCUGUAUGUUGAAGAAGUCGACGUCGGUGAAGCUGAGCCCAGAAUCAUCUGUAGUGGUCUCGUCAAAUACGUUCCUCUCGAUCUCCUUCAGGGUGCAUCAGUAGUGGUGCUGGCUAAUUUGAAGCCGAGGAAUAUGAGAGGGGUUAAGUCAUGUGGUAUGCUUUUAGCUGCGUCUGACUCUGCUCAUGAGAAUGUUGAGCUUCUUGUUCCACCUGAAGGCUCUGUUCCUGGAGAUAGAGUGUGGUUUGGUAACGAAGACGAUCUCGAGCAGCUUCCUGAACCUGCACCUCCUAAUAAGGUUCAAAAGAAGAAGAUGUGGGAAUCGGUGCAACCGCUUUUGAAGACUGAUGCGUCUGGUGUUUCGAUGCUUAAGGACGAGCAUUUGAUGAUGCGAACAUCUUCUGGUCUUGUUACUUCAAAAUCUUUAAGAAAUGCCAACAUUUCUUGAUUUUAUUUUUAAGCUAUAUUAAGAUGUUUUUUUUUGACAAAGAAGAGAAAGAACAAGCCGCCAAGGCAAUUUUUUUCAUUGCAAAUCAAACUGUUGUUUUUUUUUUUGUUGAAUCAUCAAAAUAAGGUUAUAACUUUAAAAGGUACAAAACAAAUCCC